GCUACGCUCUCCCGGGAGAUCCGCGGACACACCUCCGCUGGGACCGUGCCGAGCCGAGCCGGGCCGGGCCAUGGCCCCGCCGGGUCCCGCGGCGCUGCGCUGCGCGCUCCUGUGCGCGCUGCUGUGCGCGCACGGACCCGCUCCCACCCGCGCAGGAGAGUGUGGCGAGCUGAGGUCCUGCGAGCUGUGCACAGGCAGCAGCCACUCCCACAACGGCACCGGCUGCGUCUGGGUGGGCUGCGGGACCCCCGAGGAGCCAGGAGCAGGGAGCUGCGUGCAGAGAGGCUCAGCAGCGCAGGGGACCUGUGCACUCUACAACAGCAGCGCCCUGUGCCGAGCACUGAAGUCCCACACAGAAGAGCCUCCACGAUCCCAUAGCAAGGAGCCAGUGACACACUCCACAAGGACCACCACCACCAGUGCCCCGCUGACGGGCAGCCCCGAGUUCCACGCGCCCGGCUUCGACACGGCCAGCUUCAUCGGGGGCAUGGUGCUGGUGCUGUGCGUGCAGGCCGUGGCCUUCUUCCUCUUCAAGUUCAUCAAGUCCAAGGACAGCACCUACCAAACGCUGAUCUGAGCUCCCUCCAGGCCGGGGGGUCGCUGUCCCCGUCCCCCCCAGGUGAAGAGGCCACUGCUGGUGUCCCCCUGCCCACGGCCAGGGGGGCUGUACCCCUGCACAGCCCCCCCACCACGACUAUGCAAAGCCAGGACCCCAGGGUGGGACAGGCACCCACCACCCCCCCCGCACGGUGCCUGGGGAUGCUCCAGGGGUCUGGGCCCCCCCGGCUGCUCUGGGGGUGCAGCUGGACUGGGGGGCCCCUCCAGCCCUGAAUCCCACCUUGGGCCCCCCACCCUGUGCUUGCCAGACGCCCGGGGGCCCAGGGCACCCAGGGAUCAGAGGACACGGCCAUGGGUGGCAGUGGGGGACCCUUUGCUGGCCCCAGCCCCUCACUAGGCAGAGCCUGAGCUGGAAUGGGGGCACAGAAACCAAUAAAGGAUUUUCCUGUAA